AACCGGGUUGUAAAGUUGCGCGAGUUGUUUCACUGAAAGAAUCUCUCUUUACUUUCUAGUAUCGGGGUUAUUUUAACCGAUUUUCAAACGAUGUGGUAGAAUUUUUCCUUCCAUUUUCCUCAGUUAAAUUUGCAGUUGAAGACACGCUGCGGCAUUUUUUUUUUCACGCGCGCUAAUGGAAGUCUCUUUGAAGAUGUCAAAAACCUUGACUUUACAAAUCUUAAUUAUUGUAAACAUUUUAAUGUUCAGUGCACUUAUAUCAGCUGCCAGGGAAAAGAAAGCAAAAUGUCCAACCUGUAAAGAUAUUGUAGAAGCUUUCAAGAAGGGUGAAGAAAAAACAGCAAAAGCUAAUUUUGGUGGUGGAAACACAGACUGGGAAGAAAGAAAACUUGGAAGUUAUGCAAACAGUGAAACCAGAUUAGUUGAAAUUAUGGAAGGGCUUUGUGAAGAUAGUGCUUCAGAGUGCCAUGCAAUGGUUGAAGAACAAGAAGAAACGUUAGAAGAAUGGUGGUUUACACACCAGUUUAAAAACGAUGAUAUGAAGACUUGGUUUUGUAUUGACAAAUUAAAAGUGUGCUGCCCUGAUGGUACUUAUGGAUCAGAUUGUAAAGGGUGAUGGCACAAGGGAAGGAACAGGAAAGUGUUCAUGUGACAGUGGUUAUGAAGGUGACUUAUGUGACGAGUGCGAAGACUUGUACUUUGAGGAGCAAGAUGAAAAUUCUAAACCCAAAUGCACAGCGUGCCAUGAGUCUUGUGCAGACAGUUGCUCUGGUAGCUCACCCAAAGAUUGUGAGAAAUGCAAAGAAGGUUGGGAUAUGACAGACGAGGAAGGAUGUAAAGAUAAAAAUGAAUGUGAUGAAGAAAACAUCUGUGGAGAAGAACAGUAUUGUGUGAAUAAUCCAGGAUCGUAUGCUUGUAAAGGAUGCGAUGAUUCCUGUGAAGGCAACUGCACUGGAGAGGGUCCUAAGGGAUGUAUUGAAUGUGCCAGCGGCUAUGUUAAGAACGACGAGGAGGAAUGUAAAGAUGUGGACGAGUGUGCCGAGAAUUCAACCAUCUGCGAUGGUGGAAAAUUUUGUGACAAUACCCCCGGAUCCUAUGUUUGUCGAACUUGUCACUCUGCUUGUGAGACUUGCAUUGGAGAGGGAUCUCGGGGUUGUACAAAAUGCAGCAGUGGCUAUCAGAUGACCGAGAAUGAAUGUAAAGGUAACCAAAAGCUUUCUCUAUUAUAAAAAAAUACCAAGUAUUAAGUUUGAACGCAAACUCGGCGGUUCUACCUACCUGUCAUGACUUAACCCAGUUUCCUCAGCACAAAGCGAGUAGGAGAACACACCGAACGCCUGUCGACUUGGCGACCUUUGCUGAAAAUUCAGUUACCAAACUUUUUUUUCCACUCGCCAUGGUGAACAAAACGGUUACAGCUUAGAGCGCUUACCCUCUUGGUGGAAGAGAAGGGAGAACAUAAUUACCUGUCUAAAGCACGUGCCCGGGCGGUUUGAUCCGAAGUCUAGCUUGCUAAACAUCGGUUUGAUCCGAAGGCUAGCUUGCUAAACAUCGGUUUGAUCCGAAGUCAAGCUUGCUAAACAUCGGUUUGAUCCGAAGGCUAGCUUGCUAAACAUCGGUUUGAUCCGAAGUACAGCUUGCUAAACAUCGGUGUGAUCUUAAGUCGAGCUUGAUAAACAUCGCUUUGAUCCGAAGUCUAGCUUGCUAGACGUUGGGCCACAUAGUUUUCCACUAGAAAUCUUCAAGGUGGAGAAAAAGCAUUUUUGUU